UAUAGUACUCAAUCUCGACCGGUCCCUAUUUUUCUCCACCAAAAAACAACGGAAAGCAAGGCACAAAUGGCAGCACGCAGUACCAAGCGUCAAGACAGCGAAUGCUCCACCGCUCCUCUUGCUGAGGAAGUCUAUGAGCGGAAAGGCAGUUGUGCCAGCCACUGCGCGCUCGUGGUGUUGUGUUCUGUUUUGACGGUGGUGUGCGCGGGCCUGUGUGCCGGGCUAGCCGUGAUGUGGGUCUACCUCGGCCAGCAGCUCGAAGAUCUCAGGAACGCCUACGAAAAGCUGGAACUGACAGGACUCGGCGGUGAGCAGGUGAACAUCACUGCUGCCGUGGACGAGGCUGUGAGAUUGUUCCUGGAGGAUGAACAGAAAGCCGACCGUACCCAUGUCGGUCCUCCUCUACAGACCGGCUGGUCUUCGGGCUCCAGCAAACCCAUGGCUCAUCUCACGGGCAACCCCAGACAGAACAUCAAGAAACACCACGGAGAAGUAAAACUUCGGUCCUGGGAGAGCGAACAAGGCCUGGCCACUCUAGCUAACGGGAUGAAAUACAGAGGAGGAAACAUCGUCAUUCCUGCAGACGGACUGUAUUACAUCUACUCACAACUCUCCUACAGGUUCCUAAACGAAAAUCCUUUCGAAAAUCCUAAAGAAGAUGCCAACAUCUUUCAGCUCAUACACUACACAUAUAAACAAUCUUCUUAUCCAGAACCGCAGAUGAUAAUGAAAAGUUCUAGAAGCACGUGCUGGUCUAAAAGGACAGAGUUUGGACUUUACACGUCCUUUCAGGGAGGGGUAUUCAGGCUGGAGAAGGGAGAUAAAGUUUCGGUUUCGGUCUCAAACCCACAGAUGAUUUGUUUCGAGGAAUCCUCUAGCUUCUUUGGCGCUUUUAUGAUAUGAAAUAAAAGGCUGAUUAAAACAAAAAUCACACAUGGUGUAGUCAUGGCAUGGCUUGUAUCAAAGUUAUACAAAGAUAUUUUCUUGAGCGAAAUGAUGUAUACAUUUUAUAUUCAAUUUGCAAGUUGAGAGCACUGUUGUCAAAUACCCAUAUAUGAGAAGGCUUCCAUUCACUGCCAGCUUUUAGAUUCACAAUUUGUGCAAUACUGGACGAAUAGAAGAAAGUAAUUGUAAAUAAAUGAAGUUAUCUGAAAACUCAAAUUUGAGUGCUAUAUCAUCUAUAUCCCGCUAUCUAAAAACGAUUAAAACAAGACAUCUUGCAUGAAAA